AUGUCUGGAGGAGUAACACCAGAAUCCACAACCGCAGUCCUAGCCGCAGGCGUUCCCAAAGAGUCAGACAAGGCUCGAGAAACAGAAAUGGGUGCUCCUACUAUUUCAUCUGUUGCUCCAGAUUCAACCACCGCUAAUCUGGCGAAAGUGGUCCCACAAGAGAACAGCAAGGAUUCGGCUCCCGGAGCUUUCCCAGUGACACCCGGAGAAUCGGAGAAGCUCUCAGUCAGCCCAAUCCCAGCGACGGAAGGUAUUGGCAACCCGAUCCAUCUCGAGCCGGGUCAAGCGGUCCCUGACCCUAGCACAUACACAAAAAAUACAAUCAGUUCUACUGUCAUGGCGGAUAGGGAAGGAUACGAGAAUGCUAGUGCUACAGGUGCGGCCACUAUCCAUCCAACCAACGGCACCAAUGGGGUCACGGCUCCCUUCAUCCAAUCCAGCGCUCCCAUAUCAACCACUGCCGCUCUCGCCGGUGCUGUGCCGCUCGAGACUACCAACUCCAAUGCAAACGGAUCCAGCGAACCAGAAGUUGCUGCCAGCAGCAUCCCCGUAACGGUCAAAAAGUCGUUGGAUAAAGCUCACAAGGAACCAGGAGCCGCAGACGACCCCGCUGUUGUCCAGGAGAAGAAAGAGGUUGAGAGGGAGUUGCUCGGAAGUGUAGAACCCGCUGGAUCUACCUCCACUAGUACACCCGCAGUAGUUCAAGACUCCAUCGAAAAAGCGCACUGGAACCCCGAAGCCGCGGCUGUGCCUCAAACUGUGGCUGAGAAGGAGGAGGUUGAGCAGGAGCUGCUGCACGAUGUGGAGCGUGUUGAUGCAUCUGGCGAACCUGCGCCCAACAUCUCGCAGGGAAACCAAAUUGGGUCUGUCUCGCCGAAAUCGCAGCCGGUAGCACCUGCUGCGGCGGCGGAUACCGCAGGAGCCCCAGCAACCGAGCAGGCACAGCCAGCUGUCACGACGGGACCCGAAACAACUACCGCGUCUGCAGCUGCCGGAAAUACUUCCAGUACCAACGCCCCUGCGACUGGGGCGGGAGAAGAGACCCCGACGGCCACGACGGAUGAAGCCAAGAAGAAGAAGAAGAAGAACCGCGCCAGCGCGCUCUUCUCGAAGUUGAAGGAAAAGUUUAAGUGA